AUGAUACUUGCUUACAAGCUUAUAUUUCUGACCGUGUCGUCUCUCUCCGCCAUCGUUUCUGUCGCAGCCGACGACACCGGCUUCGCUGUAUUGAGUUAUCAGUGCAGCAGUGAUGCGUACAGCAUGGGGGCGUUGUAUGGAGACGCGGUGUCUGCUGUCAUCAGGGCUUUAGUCGAUUCCACGGCGGAUUUCGGUUAUGAUUGCUCUGCCCAGUCGAGGCCGUCUGACCCUGGCGAUCCAGUGUGUUUCAGUCAUGUGACGUGCCACGUGGGGAUCGUCGAAUCGGAAUGCGCGACCUGCAUCCAGUACGCCGCCAACUUCUUGGGGAACAGGUGUCCGAUGAGUUACGGGGCUCGGACUCAGGUUCAAAGUUGUAGAGUUAGAUACGAGCGGUACCCGUUCACCGAGAGUAAGUGA